UUGUGCUCGGAACAUGGCGGGCGUUGGCGGCGCGGCCGCCCCGGGAGAAGGCGGCGGCGGUGGUGCGGACGGCCCGGAGCGAGGUGGCCGCGGCGAGGCGGAGCAGCCGGGCGGCAGUGGCGGCCAUGGGCCCCCGCCAGCGCCUCAGCAUACCGAGACGCUGGGCUUCUACGAGAGCGACCGGCGACGCGAGAAGCGCCGUAGCCGUGCAGACCUUUCAUUGUUGAGGUUCCUCAGUGCUGAACUAACAAGAGGGUACUUCCUUGAACAUAAUGAGGCCAAGUAUACAGAAAGAAGAGAAAGAGUAUACACUUGUAUGCGAAUACCAAGAGAAUUGGAAAAGCUCAUGGUGUUCGGAAUUUUUCUGUGCCUGGAUGCGUUUCUGUAUGUGUUCACACUGCUUCCUUUAAGAGUUUUCCUGGCCCUCUUUCGACUCUUCACAUUGCCUUGCUAUGGCUUAAGGGACAGACGUUUGCUUCAGCCUGCCCAAGUUUGUGACAUUUUGAAGGGUGUCAUUUUGGUCAUCUGCUAUUUCAUGAUGCACUAUGUGGACUACUCCAUGAUGUACCAUCUGAUUAGAGGGCAGUCCGUCAUCAAGCUCUACAUCAUCUACAACAUGCUGGAGGUAGCUGAUCGUCUGUUUUCGUCAUUUGGGCAAGAUAUAUUGGAUGCUCUCUACUGGACAGCAACGGAGCCUAAAGAAAGAAAAAGAGCCCACAUCGGGGUGAUUCCUCACUUUUUCAUGGCCGUUCUCUAUGUCUUUUUGCAUGCAAUUCUUAUAAUGGUUCAAGCAACAACUCUCAAUGUAGCUUUUAACUCCCACAACAAGUCACUUCUUACUAUCAUGAUGUCUAAUAAUUUUGUUGAAAUUAAAGGAAGUGUUUUCAAGAAGUUUGAAAAGAACAAUCUCUUCCAGAUGUCCAAUAGCGAUAUUAAGGAACGAUUCACAAAUUAUGUGCUGUUAUUGAUAGUGUGUCUAAGGAACAUGGAACAAUUUUCUUGGAAUCCAGAUCAUCUCUGGGUGUUGUUUCCAGAUGUCUGCAUGGUGAUAGCAUCAGAAAUUGCUGUGGACAUUGUAAAACAUGCUUUCAUCACCAAGUUCAAUGACAUUACUGCCGAUGUCUACAGUGAAUACAGAGCCAGCCUUGCCUUUGACCUUGUUAGCAGCCGACAGAAAAAUGCGUAUACUGAUUACAGUGACUCAGUGGCACGGAGGAUGGGGUUUAUUCCUCUCCCACUAGCUGUUUUACUCAUCAGAGUUGUGACAAGCUCAGUUAAAGUACAAGGAAUCCUGUCCUAUGCCUGUGUCAUACUCUUCUAUUUUGGGUUGAUCUCCCUGAAAGUGCUAAACAGCAUCGUGCUGCUCGGGAAGUCAUGCCAGUACGUGAAGGAGGCCAGGAUGGAGGAGAAGCUGUCCCACCCUCCCCCCGCCAGCACGCCAGGCAAACCAGCCAGUAAAUCCCCCAACAAAAGCUCAUCCCCUCAGAGCCCUGCCUCUGAGGAAGCCCUGUCUGCUUCAGUCACCAGCCAGCCUGCUCGUCCAAAGGAAAACGUCGUCCCGCUUCUUGUGACAAGCAGUUCUGACCAGUUCCUGACUACUCCAGAUGGCGAUGAGAAGGACAUAACACAGGACAGUUCCGAAUUGAAACACAGGUCUUCAAAGAAAGAUCUGUUAGAGAUAGACAGGUUUACAAUCUGUGGAAACCGCAUUGACUGA